AUACUCGAAAUCAAAGACAAUUAAAGUAACAACUGGAAAGAUGAAGAGAAGGAUUCUUCAAUGGAUCAUCUUCAUAACGUUAUACAUUUCAAGUGACAGAGCUUUCAUCUCAUCAUCGGAAGCUGCUGUUAAUGAUCUCAAGCCAUUGAUGAAGGGAAGACAACUCAAAAGUGUUUUCAAGGAUCAUGGAACAAGAAUCAAAGGUUUGCAUGAAGCAAUUGAAUUGGAGGUGGUUGAAAGAGAGAAGGAAGUGAUUGUUGAUGAAAAGAAGAAAGGGGGAAAAGGAAGCUAUGGGGGUGGAGAUCUCCCUCGACCUCGUGCUAGAAAAGGAGGAGCCAAUCCCCUUCACCCAACACCAUUUGCUUUGCUUGCGUUACUACUCCCCACCUUGUUCUUCUUUUGAUAAGCCUUGGU